AUGAAAACAAAUAUCCGUCACAAUAAGCUAUAUCAACAAACUCCAAGUACAUCGACGAGCUCGACCACCAGCACCCUACAGCAGCAGCACCGCAGCGCGCAACGGACGCCGGCCGUGGGUUCGAUCGCGCGAUCGGAGCUGUCGCAACGCCGGAUAUCAAGGUCCAAUUGCUGCCGCCGCCGUUUCACUCGAAACAACCAACCAACCCCCCCCCCCCCCUUCGCUCCCUCCUCUCUCCCCCCCUACCCGACCAACUCAACCCGACGACCGCACCGCGGAUCCAUCGAGCGUGAACAUAAAGAAACUCCCGUCCAUCCAUUGUUCCAUGGCGCUCGUAAAUACGAGCGAACGAAACAGAAACAAAACACUGUGAGUGCGCGCGCGAGU